CGUAAGAUUGACAAUGACGUUUGAGAAAAUGAUUAUUUCUGUCCAGAGAGAUUUUUCUGCAAAAAAGUGUAGUGCACUAACUAAUAACUGAUAUAUUUAUUCAGAAACUAUUUAUUUUAAAGUAAGUUGCCUUAAAAUUGCUAAGCAGUGAUAAUUUAUUUCUUCAUUUACAAAGUGUAUGAUUGGAAGAAGCUGUGGUUAAAUUUGAUUAAAAGAAAAGCAAUUCAUUCAGGUUCAAAGUCAAGUAGUUAUAAUUACUUAUUCAUUUGAAGACCAUUUAAGAAAAGGCGUUAUACUUCAAUGAUAUCAUGGCUGAGAAAAACUUGAAUGGACUAUCUUUGAAUGCAGAAAAUCUUAAACAUAAUGCUGUACAAGAUGAUAAACUGUACCAGCAAUUUAAUGGAGUUCAUUCUUCACAGUCGUCAAGAAGUUCAUCACCUUCAAUGCGACUGGGACAAAUUCCAUCCUCCCAGUUACCCCCUAGUAGACCUAUACCCCAAUCUCAACUCCCCCCCUCCCGUUCUUUAAUUGGAAGUGUAACACAACAAGUAGGGGCUUUAAAUAUUAAUCAAGGAGUAACUGGGCAUAGUCAACAAUUUGGAACCACACCUCAACCUUCCAAUACCAGCAAAAAUUUGUCUACUAUGUCAAAUGUAUUUAUGAAAGAUCACAUAAACACAAAUAAUUUGGCAUCUAUUUCUACACAGCCAACUCUAAAUAAUCCUAGUUUAAUAGGUUUUCAGCCACAGCCUGAAAUAGUCCCAAAACAAGAUUUUCCUCCAAGUCAAUCCAAUGCUCAACCAAUGGAAAACAUUAAAAAAACCAAUUAUGAAACUCCAAGUGUAGCACAAGUUAAACAUAUAGAACCCACACCUAAUAUAAAUAGCCAACAUAUACGUUUGAAUCCCACACAAUCAAAUUAUUGGUCUCCUAGAACACAACCAAAUCAAGUACAGAAUACAAUUGGUGUUCCAAAUAGUUCAACUGAACCUAGAAUAAGUCCUAUUACCUUUCAAAUAAGUCCGAAUCGAACAGUUGUAAAUCAAACAUCUCAUCAAAGCAUUCAGAAUAACCAAGCUACUCCAAAUAGGACAGUUCAAGAAUCAUCUCCUAUAUUAGGCCAACCAAACAAUCCAGUUGGAUCAUAUAAACAUUUUUCUGGUCCUCAUUUACAGCAGCAAUCAAGACCACUUUUUCAACCUGUUAUAUCCCAGAUGGGUCAGAGUGGAUUACCCAAUCAAUCUUCAAAGCCUCAAUUAAGUCAUGUAGGUGCUCCUUUAACUUCAAAUCAGCAAAGAAUGUACCAGUCAUCUCCUUUUCAACAACAAGAUAACCAAAGAUAUAACUCUACUAAAACUGUCAACAGUAAUGCUAGUGUAAAUACAAACUUACUUCCAAGUACAUCACCUCUUGGUUCGCAAGCUUCUGUAUAUCCACAAACUUCUAAUAGUUUACCUCCCCUCCAACCAUCAAAUAUCUCUCAGAAAGCUAAUCUGCAUUCCAAUAGGUAUCCCACAUUACCAGUAAACAACUAUCAGCAACCAUCACCUGGGCAGUAUCAAUAUCAGGAACAGACACAAAAGUCAAUAAUUCCUGAACAACAUUCAAAUACUUACCUGAAUCAGAAUAACCAACACACAUCUUAUCAAGGAGUUUUGAAUACAGGUUUUAAUAAACAAUGGGGGUUGGAACAUUUGGAUCUUCUUCAAGCACCAAACAUACUACCAAAUACGAAAAUUGAGCCCCCUCAAAUUCGCCUUGGUCAAGAAUUGUUAGAUCAAGCUAAUUGCAGUCCAGAUGUCUUUCGCUGUACAAUGACGAAGAUCCCAGAAAAUAAUUCACUUUUACAAAAAUCAAGACUUCCUUUGGGAGUAUUAAUCCAUCCAUUCCGAGAUCUUAACCAUUUACCUGUCAUUCAGUGCAAUGUGAUAGUGAGGUGUAGGUCUUGUCGUACUUAUAUAAAUCCAUUUGUAAUAUUUGUAGACAAUAAGCGAUGGAAAUGUAAUUUAUGCUAUAGGAUCAAUGAAUUACCAGAAGAGUUUCAGUAUGAUCCAAUUACAAAGACAUACGGAGAUCCUACUAGAAGACCAGAAAUUAAGGCUAGUACCUUAGAAUACAUUGCUCCUGCAGAAUAUAUGUUAAGGCCACCUCAACCUGCAGUUUAUCUAUACUUGUUGGAUGUGUCUAAGUUGGCUGUUGAAAGUGGAUAUUUAAACAUUGUUAGCAAUAUUUUAUUAGAUGAACUUAAAAAUUUGCCUGGAGAUGCAAGAACACAAAUUGGAUUUAUUGCUUAUGAUUCUGCACUACAUUUUUAUUCUUUGCCUGAAGGUAUAACUCAACCCCACGAGAUGACCAUUUUGGACAUAGAUGAUGUAUUUCUUCCAACUCCAGAUAAUUUGUUGGUAAACUUAAAGGACAGAAUGGACCUAAUAGCAGAUCUACUUAGACUCUUACCUACAAGAUUCUCCAACAGUUUUGAUACUAACUCCGCCCUUGGUGCAGCUCUACAAGUAGCCUUCAAAAUGAUGGGUCCAACAGGAGGUAGAGUAACAGUUUUUCAAGCCGCUUUGCCAAAUGUAGGACCUGGAGCUUUGGUAUCAAGAGAAGAUCCGUCUAAGAGGGCUGCUGCAGAAGUAGCUCAUCUCAAUCCUGCUAACGAUUUUUAUAAACGUCUCGCGCUAGAAUGCAGUGGCCAACAGAUAGCUGUGGACAUGUUUAUAGUUAAUUCUCAAUAUGUGGAUAUUGCUACUAUUUCGGGAAUAAGCAGAUUCAGUGGUGGUUGUUUGCAUCACUUUCCAUUGCUCAAGCCUUCUAGACCCAUAAUUUCUGAUAGUUUUGCGCGAUCUUUCAGACGUUACAUCACCAGAAAAAUUGGAUUUGAAGCCGUAAUGCGAAUAAGGUGUACAAGAGGAUUAUCAAUUCACACUUUUCAUGGUAACUUCUUUGUUCGUUCAACAGAUUUACUUUCUCUGCCAAAUAUCAACCCAGAUGCAGGAUUCGGUAUGCAAGUAGCUAUCGAAGAAAGUUUGGCUGAUGUGCAAAGUGUUUGUUUCCAGGCAGCAUUAUUGUAUACUUCUAGUAAAGGCGAACGUAGGAUAAGAGUGCACACGAUGUGCUUGCCAAUAGCAUCGACGCUUCAAGAAAUUAUUCAUUCUGCAGACCAACAGUGUAUUAUAGGAUUGUUAUCAAAGAUGGCAGUCGAUCGAUCGAUGCAAUCUAGUCUUUUAGAUGCCCGCGAAGCGUUCAUCAACGUAGCAAUAGAUAUACUAACAAGUUAUAAAAUGAGUCUUAAUCUCGGCAGUCCUGUGCUGGGUUUGUUGGUACCGAAUUGUUUGCGAUUAUUGCCUUUGUAUAUAUCAGCUCUUCUCAAACACGUCGCGUUUAGAACAAGUACCUCUACAAGAUUAGAUGAUAGAGUAAUGAAAAUGAUAGAUAUGAAAACUAAACCAUUAUAUAUGCUCAUCAAGGACGUUUAUCCCGACUUAUUUCCUAUACAUAAUUUAGAACAGCAGGAGGUUAUUAUGAAUUCUGAUGAGGAACCAAUAUCGAUGCCUCCCAGACUACAACUUACUGCCAGAUCUCUUGAAAGUAGAGGUGCAUUUUUGUUAGACAUGGGUGAAAACAUGAUUCUUUUCAUUUGUCCAAAUGUACCACAAGAAUUUUUAAAUGAAGUGCUCGGAAUAUCGCACUAUAACGCCAUUCCUGAUGACAUGUAUGAAAUACCCAUAUUAGAUAAUAUAAGAAAUCAAAGACUACAUCAAUUUAUUAAUUAUUUAAAUGAGGACAAACCUUUUGCGCCACCAAUACAAGUGAUUAAAGACAAUAGUACUAAUAGGAGUGUAUUUUUUGAAAGGUUAAUAGAAGAUCGGGUAGAAACUGCACUUUCUUAUCACGAAUUCUUGCAACAUUUAAAAACUCAAGUGAAAUGAGUUUAGGUGUAUAUUUAUUAUUUUUAUCAUUGUAUCUAAUUUAUGCAAAAAUAUUGCUAUUAGGAGGGUUAAUCUGAAAUUAUCAAAGUACAAAAAUGAAAAUAAAUGAGCAUUUAUAUCUUCAAUUUAAA